CCAGAAUGCCGGGCGGCGCUGCCGGCGGCGAGCAAGAUGGCGGAGGCAGAGGCUCUCGUCGCUCCCGUGGAGGCUCCCGAAGAGGAGGCCAAGACCUUCAAAGAUCUGGGUGUGACAGACGUGUUGUGUGAAGCCUGUGACCUGUUAGGAUGGAAGAAGCCAACCAAGAUCCAGAUCGAAGCCAUUCCGGUGGCCCUUCAAGGCCGGGACAUCAUCGGCCUGGCGGAGACGGGCUCGGGCAAGACGGGGGCUUUUGCCCUGCCCAUCCUGAACGCGCUCCUGGAGACCCCCCAGCGCUGCUUCGCCCUGGUCCUCACGCCCACGCGGGAGCUGGCCUUCCAGAUCUCCGAGCAGUUCGAGGCCCUGGGAUCGUCCAUCGGGGUGCAGAGCGCGGUCAUUGUGGGCGGCAUCGACUCCAUGUCUCAGUCUCUGGCCUUGGCUAAGAAGCCCCACGUCAUCAUCGCCACCCCGGGCCGUCUGAUCGACCACUUGGAGAACACCAAAGGCUUUAACCUGCGAGCCCUCAAGUACCUGGUCAUGGAUGAAGCCGACCGCAUCCUCAACAUGGACUUCGAGACUGAGGUGGACAAGAUUCUCAAAGUGAUUCCUCGAGACCGGAAGACCUUCCUCUUCUCCGCCACCAUGACCAAAAAGGUGCAAAAGCUGCAGAGAGCCGCACUCAAGGACCCCGUGAAGUGCGCGGUGUCCUCCAAGUACCAGACGGUGGAGAAGCUCCAGCAGUACUACCUGUUCAUCCCCUCCAAGUUCAAGGACAGCUACCUGGUCUACCUACUGAACGAACUGGCCGGAAACUCCUUCAUGAUCUUCUGCAGCACCUGUAACAACACGCAGCGCACGGCGCUGCUCCUCCGCAACCUGGGCUUCACGGCCAUCCCCCUGCACGGCCAGAUGAGUCAGAACAAGCGCCUGGGGUCUCUGAACAAGUUCAAAGCCAAAGCCCGCUCCAUCCUGCUGGCCACCGACGUGGCCAGCCGCGGCCUGGACAUCCCCCACGUGGACGUGGUGGUCAACUUCGACAUUCCCACCCACUCCAAGGACUACAUCCACCGCGUGGGGCGGACGGCCCGGGCCGGACGCUCGGGCAAAUCCAUCACCUUUGUCACGCAAUAUGACGUGGAGCUGUUCCAGCGAAUCGAGCACCUGAUUGGGAAGAAGCUUCCCGCCUUCCCGACCCAGGAGGAGGAGGUCAUGAUGCUGACGGAGCGGGUGGCCGAGGCCCAGAGAUUCGCUCGCAUGGAGCUCCGGGAGCACGGGGAGAAGAAGAAACGGUCUCGCGACGACCCGGAAGAUAACGACGACACCGAAGGCGCCAUGGGCGUCCGCAACAAAGUGGCCGGGGGGAAGGCCAAGAGGAGGAAGCCCCGUUAACGCCGCGACUCGCUCUGCCGCCCAUCCGGGUGAGUGGAGGGGGCUUCCCACAGCCGAUCCCUCCCACUCCCGGCCCCCAGGCGGCCCUGAACUCUCCCUUCCGGGUCCCCCAUGCCCCCCGGCGGCCUCUCCCCCCGGACACGGAACCCCCCCAGGCUUCUUCCCGGGAUCACUGCACAGACGGUCCUUGAUCUGACAUCGGCUUCCUGCUCGGGAGAGUGGACAGGGCGUGGGGGACAGGGGGAAGGGGAAACGCACGUCGCCUUACCUGGAACCCCGGGGCGACCCUGCCCUCUCUAUUCAUCGUGCUGCCGGGAGAAGAGUAAAGGACGACUGAGUUUAUUUUUCAAAGA